AUGGGUGAAGACGAAGAGGUGUUUGUCACGCCCGAGGAAGGUCGAUCUCCUGACCAAGCAGAACCGACAGAAAAUAUUGCGUCUAGAAAUUCCGUGGAGCAGCAAUCUCUCGUCACAGAUACGCCUGCAGUCCCCGAUCUAGGCCUGCCUGACUCACGUCCGCCAUCGGCAUGCUCAGACACACCUCCACAGUCCGCAAUCACCAACAUGACGGACACAACGACGAUUGAUGCAGAGCCGCAAACUGACUACCCUCAACCAUUGUCUCAUCGAACUAUGCUUAGCCACAUCAUGCAAAUGCGUGAAUCAAGUCCUGAUAUUACUGACUCCAGUGACGACGAAAAUGACUCUCUAUCAUCCGGUCGUGACAAGGAAUCGAUCCAAAUCAUGCUUCGUCAAACAUACUUUGAGCCGCUUGACACAAGUAGCGAGAAUCAAGAAUUCCCCGAGGAUGGAGACGGAGUUCGAUCUCACCCAGACCGACAAAGAUGGAGCAUGAGUUCCUGGAGUUCGUCGAUUCAGAUUCAAAACAACCAGUUGAUAGAAGAGUCGACGUCGUCUGACGGGAAGGUUGAACCCCUCACAGAUGAGAAUGGAGUCCCCGAAUCGACGUGUACGAGUGAGAGGGCUGUUACUCCUCAGCCAACGAUACAAGAGCCAAACACCAACGAGUCAGCCAAACCAACGCCAGAGUCGAAGCCCAAGGAGACAGCCGAAAAUGCUCUGAAACCAUCAGCACGCCUUGGUGAAAGAUUCAGCCUCAAUUUGAUGCACCGAUAUCCGGACCUGGCUAAACAGGCACGAUGGGACACGAAGCGUGCGACUCAGUUGUACCUUCAAGAGCUCGCCAAGGCUGGUUUUGGCCAGCCGAGGAUUCCUGAACCGGUGGUGAAGAAGCCUGAUAACGAAAAGAAGAGAACAUCGAUCCAUUCCACUGGAACACCGCAGGAGGAUGGAUUAGCCGAAGAUGUGGUUAUACUCCCAGAAUCGAAGUCGAUUCCACCGUCUGAUUAUGUCCAUCAUCUUGCCAACUUGAAUUUGAGAGACGAUUGGGAACGUGCUUCGCCUUCGAUUGCCGACUGGAUGCAUUGGGCUGUUACGGAUAAGGCCGAGACUGAUGACACCAGGAACCACACGUCGACCGCAGCGGAACACGGUGAUGCUAUUACCCCAAAGAUAUCAACCACUGGGCCAAAUCUAUCCGCUGCGACGGCACCAGGGAGUACAGGCCUUGGUGUAUCCAUUCACAUCCAAUCCCCACAGGAAGGUGACUCUCCGACCAUCCCCGAGCUACCAGAUUACUCGCCACCGCCUCCCCCGGCUUCCUUCUCUAAAAGCCUGAGUGUGGAGAAGCUGCAACAACCUCCUCCGCAAGCAUCACCGAGCAUAUACUCGCAAAACUCGCCCCUCGCAGUUUUACUCCAGCACUACGUUUGUGCCACAAGAAUAUGA